AUGAAGCUGCCGCUGCUGCCGCGGUGGAAGAAACACAAGCCCACCGUGCCCACCCACACCUCGGUCAAGAAGACCACGCAGGCCAAGAAGAAAGCUGCGAUCCCGGUUCACCUCGGCGCACACACCACCGCCGCCAGCUCGGCGCCACCGGCUGCGGCCCGCGCGGCAGCCCAACUCGCCCGCGAGAAGGAGGCGGUCGAGCGCAAGCGACGCGCGACGGAGGCGGAUGUCGACCUGAGCGCGGUGCUUCCCGUACCCGACACGGCCCGGGCGGCCCACCACCACGACUGCAACGACCGCGACGCCUGGCUGGCCGAGCACGCCUACCUGGUGCGCCUGCGCGCCGCAGCAACCGCCGCUGUCGCCAGUCCGAUGCAUGAUGGCUCCGACGCUUGUACCGCCACUACUACCAUGGCGAUGUCGCGCUCGUCGCCUCGCAGGCUCAUAGAUGAUGCGCCUCCCUAUUGA